GCUGGCUAAUCACAGGGCAAGGCUUCGUAAAAGGCUUUGGGGCGGGUGGCAUCCGGCGGCUUUCCCGGCCGGUCUAUCGUAGGGGAGCAUGGGAGCGUGGGAGCCUAGCUGGGGUGAAGCUCACCGUCUACAGUCUCGGAGGGGCAUAGUUUUCUGUUGCUUCUGCCUGGGUACCGGGACACUUUCUGAGAUCGUUAAUCUAGUGGGGCCCGGCCGGCCGGGAAGUCAGCCUUUCCGAGUCUCGGUGCAGGAGAGAGAAGCCAUCGGCUCAGGCUUUAAAGGGAGUGGAGAAGAGAAGGGGUGCGUUGAGGAGCUUUGCAGCCGACUUGGCCCCUCCAAGGUCUCUUCUCUCCCCUCCCAGGUCUGUCCCGAAGUCCCUGUGGCGACUUGAAGAAGGCAUUACUACCCCGCGAGAUGGGAGACAUCCUUAUAUCCGGGGCCCAGGGACCAGCGCUGUUUGAGGACCUGGCUGUGUAUUUUUCACAGGAGGAGUGUGUGAGUCUCCACCCUGCCUGGAGGUCCCUCAGCAGAGACAUGACACAGGAUUGUUUCCAGGAUAUGGUAUUGAUGGGAGGAGAAGGCAAGAUUGAGAUUAAUCAGCAGCUAAGCCUAGAAUCUGUGGAACUUGAAGAGCUUGCCCUAGAAAAAUACUCCAUUGCUGUGCCCCACGUCUGUUACCCAGAAAAAUCCUCAGAGCACGGAGUUGGAAGCCUUGAAGAGAAAAUAGGAGGUGGAACUUCUGCUUGCAAGAAAAGGCUCAUAAGCCUUUUAGUUACCAUUGAAAAUCAUACCCCAUUGAUAGAACUCUCUCAAUUUCUAGGAACCAGAGCACUUUCUGAAAUUCUUGAAUUUCCCAGGGAAGAAGCCAAAAAUGCAUACGAGUGUCCUCAAUGUGACCAAAGUUUCAGUGACAGUUCCUAUCUUGUUUCGCAUCAGAAAGCACAUUCAAGGGAGGGAAAGUAUACAUGUGGUGACUGUGGGAAGACUUUCCAUCACAGAGCCAACCUGAGAACGCACCGGAGAACCCACACGGGCGAGAAGCCUUAUAAGUGUGCCGAGUGCAGCAGCAGCUUCCGCCAGCACUCCCACCUGUCUCGGCACAUGAAUGUUCACGCAAAGAAGCAGCCCUACACCUGCGGCAUGUGUGGAAGAGGCUUUCUGUGGCUCCGAGGAUUGGCACAGCAUCGGAAAACCCACGCCACCCCAAAAAGCUGUGGUAAAUAUUUUGGUCAGAAAACAAAUCCUGUUUUGCCUGAGAAAAGGCAGGCAUUGGCCGCCCAGCGCCCACGCACACAGUGCAGGAAAUGCUCUGGGCAGCAGCCCUCACCCUCAGCCACCAAGAAGGGCCUCAGGGACCACUCUGAAGACUGCAGCCACGGUGAGGACAAUUUGCUUUUGUUCUCAAAAUUCACACCCUUAGAGUGUCCUGCGUGUUCAAUGACCUUUCUUUGUAUUUCUGAGCUUAUUUCCCAUCAGAGCAUUCACAGAGGGGAAAAGCCCCACAAAUGCAAGACAUGUGCGGAAAGUUUUAUUUGCAACUCAGAGCCUGCAUGCCACCAGAAGAGCCACACAAGGCAGGAACCUUUUCAGUGCACCACUGGGAAAAGUUUCAGGUUGAAAAUACAUCUCAGUGUUCAUCAGCGAAGCCAUUCAGAAAAUGCCACGUAAAUAUGGCAAGUUUUCAUGAAUGCUUGUGCUUUUCAAUAUCUGUACUGCAAACAGGCACAGUGAUCCUUGAUGUGCCUGCGAGGCACUGAGCUAAGCACUUUACACACAUUUCACGUAAUACACCAUUUCACUUUCACCACAACCUCGAUUUAGGCAUCACGACUUCUGUCUUAUAAUUGAGGAAGCAUAGUCAACGUCACAGCUAGUGAAUGAAGCCAGAACUCUAACUCAGUAACUCUUGCUAUUCACAUUCCAUUUGUAUGAGCCGGGGAGCUGGAGAAUGAUACAGAACUUUUAAAAAGUUAAAAUGAAGGUUAUUACUAGAGUUAUUUUGUUUACAUGGUUUCUAAGUAAGUUUUGGAAGGAAAUUUUAUUUAUUUGCUAGUUCUGCAGAUCUGGGAUCUACGAAAGUAAAUACUUUUAUAUCUAUUUUAUACUUUUGUUUUGCUGUAACAGCCUGAAUGUAAUGUUUGUAUGAGCUUAUUGUUAUUUUACACGUAAAUUUCUACAGGGGUCUGGAAGCUUUUAUCCCAUCCCUCCUACCCCACCCCUCCCCCAUGUGAAGCGUUCAUUCCCCGAUGGUUUGGACUAGUUAGUGUCGAGGUGGCUAUUUGUAUUUGAGGAGCUCCUGUUCUCAGAUCUGAUGCCACCGGCCUUGGUGAUUUCAAGUGUUUGGCAGGAAUUCUGGCAGUCCGGCUGUAGCCUUUUCUGGUGCUUGGAUGUGAGCGAGGGAAAGGUACUUGCUUCUUUCUAAGAGGAUUUACCUCCAAGUCUCUACCAAAGCACAUUGUCUCUGAAUUACAGGAACUCCUGUUUAGUGAGCAUGCAGGAUACUUUAAGUAUAUCAUUUCAUCUUUGGAAUAACUCUGACCUAUCCUCGUCUCAUAAAUGAGGAAAGUGAAGCCCACUGAGGGCAGAGUCAGUACCUCGCCCAGAACACAAAAGUAGCAGUGUGCUCAGGCUGGCAUCUAACCUCAGCCCAGGGGGUGAGGAGGGUCAUCACGGAGGCUCCCUUGAGUGCGCACCCUGGAGCCCUUCGCCCCCAGUACUUUAUCCCAAGCCUGACUUUCGUGUGUGGGUAUAAAGCAACAGAAAGACUCUCCAGGACCUCUGGUUCGUACUCUAUCCCGAUAGACAUUGCAAACUCUACAGAGUAUUGUCUUGAGGGUUAUAGGUGAAUUUGGGUUUAAAUUUUUUUUCUUCCUCAUUCCCAAAGAAAGACACAUAGAGAAAACUGUUAAGAGUUUAAAAGUUUGAAAAUAGUUGAAAAUACAGACAUCUUUAGGUACUGCUGUUACAUAUAACUGUGGAAGCAAAGUCUUGCUAAAUGGAACGGUUACUGAUGUUAAAGAACCAGGGGGUCUUACAGAUAGACUUUCAUAGGAAUUGCUCUUUAAAGCAAAAGUGACUGAGGCCCUCAGCAGACCAGUAUUUAAAGGGGUGUCAGGUGAGGAUGGUCUUAUUUAAAUAGUAGGAAAGUGCAGCAUUUACUAAAAUGGGAUUAUCGCUGGGAAACCUCAUCGUCACUGACAGGCCUCUUCAGGACCAGGUGGAUGGGAAGUAGUGGUCUUUCUACGGAAGAGCAGAUUGAGAACUGAAUGUACAGGAAGAUGCUGCUAUUGCAGUGAGUUCCUAACACCGAUUAGAGGCCAGAAGAUACUGUUGGUGAGGAAAAGGCCCCAACCCAGCUCACACACUCCUUUCCCCCUUUUCCUUGUUCUUGUUUGCGGAGCCGCAUUUGAGGCCCAGUGUUGUAAAUGUCAGGGUCACGCUUAGGAUACAGGGCGCCAGUCUGCUGGGGCCUAGGAGUCUUUGGCUUUUGUUUUUGUUUGUUUAUCUGUUUUAGCAUGUGGAAGUUCCCAGGCACCACAGCAGCGAUCUGAGCUGCUGCACUGACAAUGCUGGCUCCUCAACCCACCUUGCUACAAGAGAACUCAGGGGCCUUAAAUCAAAAAGGUAUUCUGUAGGUUUUUCUUCAGCAAGUCUCUCUGAGGUGCUUGGAAUUGUGUAGAAAGAUGGUCUCCAGUUAGGUUUCUUUCUGGCCAGCUCUGGGAUGUGAUGAUCUUUGCUGAAUAUUAGAAAGUCCAGUCUCCCUGCUCUCCUGCUUCUGCCUUCAGUGGGAGCAGCUGGCAUGGUGUCCCACUGGCACAUAUUAGGGGCUGUUUUAUUUCCACUGACUGGAGUGCAGGGUGGGGAAUGAAAUUGAAAAGAGGCCCCUAGGGGCAGAGCUGCUGCAAAAAGAAGUAGGGAAGAGUGUUUUAGAGGGCCCUUGGACAGAAUGGUGCUGACCUGAAAAAAUGGAAGCUUUCUUUGCUUAGCUCCCAAGAAAUUACAGGGAAGGUGAAAAUUUAUACCGUAACUGCCAUUCUGCACUCAUUAUGGAGUCUCCUUUCCAGAUGAGGCUUCCUUCACAAUUAAUGUCGGUAUUUCCAUUUUUCUUAUUUUCUAGAUUUUGGAAGAUUAUGCCAAACUUCCAUAAGAGAUGAGAAAAAUAUCUCUGAUGAAAACAAUAUACAGAUGAGUGUAAUUAAAAUGCCUUUUUUGGUGUAAGAUUGUUAAUGAUUGCUAUGCAGAAAAAAAAACAAAAAACAAACCCUGUCAUUUUUUUGUAAAAGAGGCUUAUUUUCAGUUGUGGCUUAUUGUGCACUUGCACCUAAAUGCACUUGCUGGAUGUAAUUCAGGCUGCUCUGAGCCAAGGACUUGGAGGAAGGGGUCCAUGUCUAUCAGCAAGACCCAUGCUGUGUAUAUGAUAGUGGCUUUUUCACUCUUCUGCUUACAGUGUUAGCUGAGAGACAUAGAUUCCACAGAUGGUCUUUAACUUGAGAUAUCGUGAGCUUACCAGGGUAGUUUUUGUAAAUAUUUGGAUGAAAGUUAAUAGAGGGAUGAAAACCUAAUGCAGGACUUUGUUGCUGUGAACGGUUGGUUCGUCACAUUUUGCAGCACGAAUGUUAACAUGUUAUGCAGAGUGAAAGGUCUGUACUGAAGAAAUCAACUCUUAAAGGAAUUUCUUGGUUUUUGUUGUUAACGCGGUGAUGAAGAUGUGUAUCAACAAGUCCUUAACGUGACUGCUGGUUCUGUAACCACCAUCAUCCUUGAAAACAGCAUUAUUCCAAUAGCGUUCAGAUGUUGACAAUUUACAUUUUGUGCUUUAAGAAACUGUGGAAUUUAAGUGUUAUUCUUGAAGGAUUUGGACUCCAAGUACUUUGUUUACAGCUUUGUUGCAAGAGAUAGGUAGGAGUCUGUUCACAUCUCCCCAUUUGACAUAGAAAAUGACUAACCCAAGUAAUUCAGGAAGUUAAGUCUAACACAAGUGAUAUUUCAUAGCAAAUGCUAUGAGAUUCCAUAUAAGUAAGUAGUGUUGUUCUGAUGACUGCAGCAUGUCAUACAAUCUGAUACUGCAGAUUUUGCCGAAAGUAAUCUCAUUUACUGCAUAGGUAUACAAAGCCGGUUAUAGUUCAUCGGAAUAGUCUAUUUGAAACUGUUCUUUAAGUUUGUCAUCUCUAUAGGAUUUCAGUUGGAAAGUGCUUCUGUUUAAAAAGUAACUAAUGAUCUUCAUUAGAAGUGUGUAUAUGCAUCUGUUUUAGUUUUGUGGAUUGAGCUAUGGAUCUGACAUCGAGAUUAUUACCCAUCUUUUCACGGCACAUUUUGUUUUUUGACACCCUUUGGUGUAUUAACAAUCUGGGGAGAAUGGGGAUACGAUAUAAAUAUACGUUUAAAUAAACCUAAGAAUAUGCUGCAAUCUCUAGUUCCUUUGGAUACCUUAGAAGUAUGUUUGUUGUAGGAACCUCCGCUGUUUAAUGUUUUUAUUUUACAGUUUUCGGUGGUAAAGAGCAUCUUAUCUCUUGAGUGCAAACUCUCACUAGACAGCGAUUAUGUCUAUUUGAUGUGCAAUUUAGCAUCUAAUAAAUGUGUUUUUA